ACAUGACACAGAGUCACUACACAUCCCAGAAUGCAGUCGACGGAGAAGGACAAGAUAUGAUGAUCUCCAAUUCCCACGAGUUGUUUGGAUACAUGCAUGCAUGUCAUCAAUGGUUAGGAAGCGCACAGAGAAACGCUGAAGAACGGGAUUGAGUUGAUAAACCUGGCGUGGUGUUAUCUCUAUGGGAAUUAUAAUCAAUAAUAAUGUCCCACAUUAAAGCUCCUAUUGUUGAUACGGAGAGGCGGAGGCGGAGGUCCACGGCUGAAAGUUCAGAUACCCAAUGGGACCAUGACCCCAGGGUCUACCGCCGUACAUCCCAGUGUGACAGACUGUGUGUGGACAUUGGCAGUCAUGUGGGCGAGACCCCCUCCCCAGAUGUCUCCCAUCAAUACACCCCCAAAUGUUUGUCUGCACACAAAGGAUGCACCACUCCUUGUCACCAUGGGGAAGAGGUUUGGCAGGAUGGCUCGAGCUUGAGGACCACCAUCCGAGCAGAGAAUGAAGUAGAGGCAAACAAACUGGCCAACAACUACAGGUUUGGCUUCAGAAAGUGGAAGAGUCACGUGACUGAGAGGCCCAUCGAGGACAGGUCGGACAUUGUGAGGGAGCUGUACUCAGAGCUGAACUUUGUCAGACCCCAAGGUUCAUUGAUCACUUGUGGAAACAUAGCAUACUUGAUUUUAUUUGGAUGGUGGAUCUCUUUAGCCUACCUCUUGGUCUGUGUCCUAAUGUUUCUGACCAUCAUUGGAGUUCCCUAUGGGAAGCUGUGUUGGAAGUUAUCAUGCUACUUUCUGUGGCCCUUUGGGAAGUCCAUACUAAAGCCCAGAAGCCUGGUCAGGCGAUGCUGUGUGAAGUUCCCUCACUGUGAGGCCAUCCCAGAGGAAUCUGACUCAAAGGAGGUGAAGGAGUCUACACCCCUGCUCAUGCCCCCUUCUGUCCCCAUCGAGGUCCCCCCACAACGGACGCGUUACUGGUGUCGUGUCAGUACCUAUGUGUGGUUGUUGCUAGGCUACCCUCUCCUGGGGCUGAUCCACAGCCUGGCCUGCUUCCUCUCCUGGAUCCUGGUCUUCACCAUCCCUGUGGCCAAGAUGAAUGCCCGCACCCUGGCCAUCAUCCUCCUCAUGCCCCCUGAGGACGUCCACAUCCACCGGCUGAAAAAGCAACAAGGGUGUGAUAGCCAAGUGCUUCUCUGUUGCUACCACGCCUUCAACUGGUACUACUACAAAUACACCUUGGAUGGAAUCAAUGUGUUCGCUGUCAACCUGCUGCCCCUGGUCAUCACAACCCUGGUGGUCGGCUACGUGGACACAGAGAACCAGUUUGUCAGCUCGGAGGCCAAGUUCGGCGCUGCCGUCAGCUCCAUCAUCCCACUGUCCUAUUACAUUGGCAUGGGCAUCGCCAGUAUUUCAGCCCAGAGUAACUUUGCGGUGGGAGCAGUGGUGAACGCUACGUUUGGCUCCAUCACAGAGAUGACCUUCUACAUCACUGCCCUGUUGAGGGGUCACAAGGCCGGCACCAAGUGCUAUGAGGAGAUCGUCAAAGCUGCUCUCACUGGAACCCUGCUGGGCUGUAUUCUCUUUAUCCCAGGUAUCAGCAUGAUCAUCGGGGGCUUUAAACACAGGGAGCAGAGGUUCAACAGCCGCUCUGCAGGGGUCAGCUCAGCCCUGCUCUUCAUAUCAGUAGGAGGCGUAUUUGCCCCAACCCUGUUCUCCAAGGCCUACGGUAGCCUGGUGUGUGCGGGCUGCUCCAGCUCUCAAGCCAACACCAGCGGGCCCUUUACCUGUAUGGACUGCCACUAUGACAUGAGUGGAAGUAACGAACCCUUAUAUCUCAGACAUAUUGAGCCUCUGGUAUACACCAUCUCUGUGCUGCUGCCCUCCGCCUACCUGAUUGGCCUCAUCUUCACCCUGAAGACCCACUCCCACAUCUACGACAUCCAAGUCAGUGACGUGCACGAUCACCACCAGGGUCAGUGCCCUCUGGGGGGCGCCAGCGGUGGUCACGGUACUGUCCACUGGUCCAGGUUGAGGGCUCUGUCUGUGCUGAUCAUGGCCACGCUGCUAAUGGCAGCCUGUGCCGACCUCACCACGGAGCACAUCAAACCCAUCCUCGACCACUCCUCCAUCUCCCAGUAUUUCAUCGGCGUGACGGUGUUGGCGAUGGUGCCGGAAAUUCCCGAGAUCUUCAACGGAAUCCAGUUUGCCCUGCAGAAUAACAUCAGCCUCAGCUUGGAGGUGGGAAACUGCAUAGCAGUGCAAGUCUGCAUGAUUCAGAUUCCCUUACUCAUCUUGUUCAACACUUUUUAUGAUGUGGGAUUAGUUCUCCUGUUCAGUGACUUGCAUCUUUGGGCCAGCAUCUUUAGUGUGAUUGUGGUCAACUACAUUUUCAUGGAUGGCAAGUCUGACUACUUUCAGGGGACUGCUUUGGUGGUGGUUUACCUCAUUCUACUGGCGCUGUACUUUUUCGCCCCAUCACCCCACGCCUGUUGAGCUGCUCCGCAAGAACAAACUUCAACUCCUAGAGUCCUUUCAGUCACUAUUUACAGGAGCUGCUUUGUUAACUAUUUCGAUGCCAUGUCGGGUCAUAUUCAUAAGGGCUCGGAGCGGGAAGUCCAGUUAGUCCCUCUCUGUUGCAAUCUGUUUUCUUCCUUUUGUGCCUAAUGAACAUGACCCAGUUCUGGGCAUC